CAACAACCAUGCGCACGUUCCCGCGCGUCUUCGCCCGGUGUAGCUUUAAAAAUAAGAUUCCAAGGCCAAUGAUUUAUCAAACUCUUAUUAUCAAGAAAAUGUCAAGCGAAGGGCACCUUGCUCCGCACUGACGCAAACCCAAUAUUUCCCAGUGAGGUAUAGAAAGCUUUGCACUAAGCACGGCCAAAUACACUACUACACCUUCCAGUUCUCUUUACAGCUGUUUUUCAGCCUUUCAGCUUCAGCACGUCUUAAAAGCCUCCACAAAUGGAUUUCUCCGACCAGAAAGAGAUGGCCAAACAGCCGGCCAAUGCUCCUACCGGUUUUAACCCGUUGCACCAGCCGGGGGGAGUUUCAGCAAACAAACCGGAUAAUGCCUUUAACCAACCGUCCGCAGCAUACCCGGCCCCCCAGCCAUCACAAUCCAACGAGAGCAAAACUUUCUGUCCCACGGAAAAUAAACCAGGAGAAUCGGGAGAAGUCAAAGUCUAUGGGACGUUUAAAAACGCCGCUCUGCCGGUGCCUGGAUCCGUGGCUGCGAACUCGGCUGCCCGGGAUAUCCCUGUCCAGUACGGGGACCCGCUUAGGGCCACCGGGGAUCAAAACAAUGCAUCGGGCAACUGGACCACCAUGAGCCAGACCACCAUCAUUCUGGGCGCAGAUGGAAACACGUCUGUUCAGCCCGGCGCCGUGACGGGGGAGGAAGACGAUGACGAGAGUGGAGAUGAGAAUAAGGCCAGGGGUAACUGGACUAAUAAAUUGGAUUUCAUCCUGUCCAUGGUUGGCUAUGCCGUGGGACUGGGAAACGUGUGGAGGUUUCCAUACCUUGCCUUCCAAAAUGGUGGAGGUGCUUUUUUGAUCCCCUACCUUAUAAUGUUGUGCCUCGCCGGGAUCCCUAUCUUUUUAUUGGAGGUUUCCCUGGGUCAGUUUGCCAGCCAGGGCCCCGUGUCCGUGUGGAAAGCCAUCCCGGCUCUACAAGGUUGCGGGAUUGCCAUGUUGAUAAUAUCUGUCUUGAUAGCCAUAUACUAUAACAUUAUUAUGUGCUGGACACUGUACUACCUGUUCGCUUCGUUGAAGGGCUCACUGCCAUGGGCUAACUGUAAGAACGAGUGGAACACGUUGGACUGUAAGGACAAAGACAUGCUUCUCUUAGACACGUGUAUCCUCCAUGAUAAAAACAUCACCUCUGUAAAGAACAGCUCGUUCUGUCUGUCGGCUCAAGCCAUUGGAAACCUGACCAAACUGGUCAACAUGACCUCUCCGGAUAACAAAACGUACGUCAGCCCCAGCGAGGAGUACUUCAAGUACAAUGUCUUGCACAUUUCCAAAGGGAUAGAGUACCCUGGAGACAUCCGCUGGCCCCUCGCAGGCUGCCUGUUGCUGGCCUGGUUGAUAGUCUACCUCUCCCUGGCCAAAGGAAUCAAGUCAUCAGGGAAAGUGGUGUAUUUCACAGCUACGUUCCCCUAUGUGGUUCUGGUCAUUCUGUUGUUCAGAGGAGUGACCCUCCCAGGGGCUGGUGAUGGCAUCCUCUACUUCAUCACACCCAAGUGGGAGAAACUCAAUGAUGCUAAGGUGUGGAAGGAUGCUGCCACCCAGAUCUUCUUCUCUCUGUCAGCAGCCUGGGGAGGCCUCAUCACAUUGUCUUCUUACAACAAGUUCCACAACAACUGCUACAGGGACACCAUCAUAGUGUGCAUAGUUAACAGUGCCACCAGUAUAUUCGCUGGGUUCGUCAUCUUCUCCGUCAUUGGAUUCAUGGCCCACGAACUGAAGGUGCCCAUUGAGAAGGUGGCUGAUGAAGGUCCAGGCAUAGCGUUCGUGGUGUACCCAGAGGCUCUGACCAGACUCCCACUCUCUCCGUUCUGGGCCAUCAUCUUCUUCCUCAUGCUGCUGACCCUCGGACUGGAUACCAUGUUUGCCACCAUUGAGACCAUAGUGACGUCGGUGUCAGAUGAGUUCCCCCAGUACCUGAGAAAGAACAAGCCUCUGUUCACACUCAUCUGUUGUGCCUGUUUCUUCUUGCUGGGAUUCCCUAUGGUCACAGAGAAUGGGAUGUACAUGCUCCAGUUGGUGGACACAUACGCUGCCUCUUACUCCCUGGUAAUCAUUGCCAUCUGUGAGCUGAUCGGAAUCUCGUACUUCUAUGGCCUGCAGAGGUUCUGCGAGGACAUUGAAAUGAUGAUUGGCUUCCAACCAAACCGCUUCUGGAGAAUCUGCUGGGCCUUUGUGACUCCUACCAUUCUGACUGGUAUCCUGGGGCUGAGUCUGUACCAGUGGAAGGUGAUGACCUAUGAGGACUACACCUACCCCACCUGGUCCAUGGUGAUGGGCUGGCUGAUGGUGGUGUGUUCUGUCAUCUGGAUCCCAAUCAUGUUUGUCAUCAAAAUGCACUUGGCCCCAGGCAGCUUUAGGGAGCGUCUGAAGCUGGUGUGUUCCCCUCAGCCCGAUUGGGGUCCCUUCCUGGCCAAGCACAGAGGGGAGCGCUACAAGAACAUGAUGGACCCCCAUGGAUCCAACUCCCUGGGCCUCAAACUGCCCCCCAAAGAUUUCCAGCUGGGCGCCUACCAGUAGCAGCCUCCACUACAACCACCACCACCACUUCAGCAGGGGCACCAGGGGAGAGAGAGACCAGCAGCCUGUCACUGCCCUCUCCCCCACCCACCUAUUCCUUCUCCUUUUCCUGUUCUCCACUCCACUUCAUCUCUCCUGUUUCCUUCCUCUUUCCCUUCAAUGUGGGCGAGAGGAAAGCAAGCCAACACAUCGUCCACUUUUUCCCCCGGUUCUCCUGUUCACCUCCCUUGCUCCCUUCUACACUCCAUAGCAAAGUGGGGCUGCCCUCCUCUCCGACAUUGCUUUCUCUGGCAGGCACCCAUGCUAUACCCUGCCCUCUCUCUCCCUAACCCCUGACCUGAGAAUGGUCUGUCCUCUGCCUCCUGCCCAUGCACAGCCAUUACGCCAGAACCCUUUCUUACUGAGGGGAUCUCUGUUCCAAGAGAAAAAUGUGUACCGUGUCACAAUAAUGCAAUGGCAAUAUUCGACUGCACAUGACAAAAAAAUCAAAUCAAAUUUUAUUUGUCACAUGCUUCGUUGACAACAGGUGUAGACUAACAGUGAAAUGCUUACUUACGGGUCCUUUUCCAACAAUGCAGAGUUAAAGAUGCAUUAAAAAAAAAUUGUGACAGAAGGAAUAAAUGCACAGGGAUUAAUGAAUAACAAUAAUGAGUAAAAAUAACAUGGUACUGGUACUCCCUGUAUAUAGCCGAGUCGAUGUGCAGGGGUACGAGGGUAUUGAGGUAGCUUGUGUGUGUGUGUGUGUGUGUGUGUGUGUGUGUGUGUGUGUGUGUGUGUGUGUGUGUGUGUGUGUGUGUGUGUGUGUGUGUGUGUGUGUGUGUGUGUGUGUGUGUGUGUGUGUGUGUGUGUGUGUGUGUGUGUGUGUGUGUGUUGGGGUGCCAGUGUAUGUAUGUGUGAGUGUGUGGGUAGAGUCCAGUGUGUGUUCAUAGAGUUAGUGCAAAAAAGGGUCAAUGCAGGUAGUUCGGGUAGCCAUUUGAUUUAGGUAUUUAGAAGUCUUGUUUAUCAGUCUAAUGGCUUGGGGGUAGAAGCUGUUCAGGGUCUCAUUGGUUCCAGACUUGGUGCACUGGUACCGCUUGCCGUGUGGACGCAGAGAGAACAGUCUAUGGUUUGGAUGUAGUUUUUGACCAUUUUUUGAUCCUUCCACUGACAACGCCUGGCGUAGAGGUCCUGAAUGGCAGGGAGUGAGUUCGACCCCAGUGAUGUACUGGGCCAAACUGACCACCCUCGUAGCGCCUUGCGGUCGGACGCAUUGCAGUUGCCAUACCAAGCGGCGAUGCAGCCAGUCAAGAUGCAGCUGUUGAACAUUUUGAGGAUCUGAGGGCCCAUGCCAAAUCUUUUCAGCCUCCUGAGGGGGAAGAGGCGCUGUCGUGCCCUCUUCACAACUGUGUGGGUGUAUGUGGACCAUGUUAAUUCCUUAGUGAUGUGCACACAGAGGAACUUGAAGCUCUCGACCCACUCCACUACAUGUGGACUACUCCCUAUGGAGGUGUGUGUGGAUGUGUGUGUGCAUGCGUGUGUGUGUGUGUGAUUGUUUUAUUCUUGUAUCUAUGUGUAUAGUGAUAAUGGAAAAUCCUCCACAAACAAAAAGGCACAAAAAAUCUAAUUGACUGACUGAGAAAUAUUGAUAUUCAUCAGACUCUGACCGAUGGGACAUUAUGAUAUAUAUUCGUUCUUUUUUUAAUGAAAUAGGCAAUACAAGUAAAAUAAACUGCCUAGAAAUUAUGUAGUAUGGUUCAUUUUCAUAGAUGAUGUUUGUUCCUGUCAAAGUAUAUACACAUUAAAUAGGAGUGUGUGUAUAUACAUAUAUAUACACUCCUAUUUAAUGUGCAGUCUCCUUUGCUUUAUCUGAAUAAAUGAAGUUACCUGCAAUUUUUUGCCUUCUCCAGUAGAUAAGGAAAUGCCUAUCGCUGAUUACUUUAACUAUAAACACUUUAGUCUCUACUAUCUCCAAAAAAUAUUAUCUGUAAUCAAUUUAGCACAUUAAUACAGUUGUGUAGUCGAUCCUUCCUUUCGUAGCUUAAGAUAUGCAAAACGGCCAUGGGAAAUUGUAGUGAUUCUUCUCAGUGUUUAGAAUAGUCCGAUGGCCUUUGUGUGCAUAAAAAUUAAACCAACUAUUUAUUGCUGUAGACAUGUGUUGUGGUCUCGUCAUGGCAACUAUGGAAUCGCCUUCUUUCCUCAUACGCAACUUCUGUAGGGUAACAUAUAUAUAUAUAUAUAUAUACACAAGAGAGAAUGUGUACUGCUCCAGAUGUUUUUUCCUUGCCGGCUGGGUAGCUGUAUCUUGUACACUUUUUAAAAAGAGAUGUGUAGACUUAGUGCGUGCUUGUGUCGUCACAUCCCCACAAUGUUAGGAGCAACUUGUAGAUAUGUGUAUAGGUGGUGUAUAGAAUAUUGCCUUUUUUCCUGGAACUGUACUUAUCCUAUUAUAUGUGGUAGAGCUCUGGGGGCCACUUUGGAUUUGUCUCAAAUGGCACUCUAUUCCCUAUGAAGUGCAAUACUUUUGAAUAUGUGAGGGAGUCCUAUGUCCGAUCAAAAGUACUGCACUGAGUGGGGUGUCAUUUGAGAUUUGUACUUUGCCAUUUUUAGAUGUGUACUUUGUCAUUGUCUUUGUCUUCAUGAAACAGGGUGUCAGGUAUACUUGACUCCAGGUCUGCCUACUUUUGUAGAUGUAUAAUUAACAGCAGCAUUCUACAUGGACGAAAUAGACAGUAGAACUUCCACAAUUUCUACCUUGAAUAGGGCAGACGUAGAAAGAAAAAAAAAAACGAAAUCCUUCAAAAUGUGCCUGUUCUCUCUAUUUUUUUUGCGCACUAUUAUAAAAUCAUGAGGAAUUCUAGCUCAGUAGAGCAUCGAGGAAUGUCUUGGUCAAAUCACACUGCACUGACCAAACUGUAUCUUCCCCUAGGGCCCUGGAGUUGAAUGAGAUACGGUUGGCACAUCAUUUCCCUUUAAAAUCUUGUUAGAAACUCUUCUCUAUGGACAGAAUUGGUCCAUAACAGUUACAUGUCUUACCUAGAACCCUAAGAAAAUUGGAACAGUGUCUGCUUCCCUAAUGGCAACCUUAUCUCUAUAUAGUGUACUACUUUUGACCAGGGCCCAUACUGUAGGAGUCCCAAGUAGUGCACUAUAUACGGAACAGGUUGCCAUUUGGGACACAUCCAGAAAGUGUAAGGGUCAAGACUUCAAUCUAACAGUGACAACUCACGACCACCUGCCAGCCUGCCACAAGUUAUCCAGAGGGCCAGUAAGCAAUUUGACUGGCCACUGAGAUUGCUUUUCAUAUUACACGUCAGGCAACCAAUCUGCCUUGCUUUCUGUCCAAUUACCAACGUGACUGGGGAUGCGUUCUUCAAAAAGCAAUUAGACCUGAUUUCUUUUCCCGCUAUCACAGGACGUUGGAUGUGUAAUUUCUGUUCAAUGUAAACAGGCCUUGAUUAAAACAGCUGUGUUUAGAUGGCCGGGUCUUUUAACACUGCAGGCGUGUGUUCUUCGAGUGGGGCCGAGUGUAGUUAAUUGGAAGCUGUGGAUAUAUGGAAAGUGAUAAGACAAGCGUGCCAGUGAGAUUCGAGUCAGACGAGUGAGUCUAGGCAAGGCCCAUGCUGUUUAAUUACUGUGAAAUUAAAAGUAAUAUGGGCUGCUAAUUGUCUAGAAAGGUACAGGUCUCUAAAAGGGGUGUAAAAAACAUUCAACACAAAAACCCUAUUUCUGAAGUAGCUUGCCUGUUGUAGCCUUGUGUUGUUUUGUAGUGCAUCUUAUCUCCCUUGGUGUGUGUGUGUGUGUGUGUGUGUGUGUGUGUGUGUGUGUGUGUGUGUGUGUGUGUGUGUGUGUGUGUGUGUGUGUGUGUGUGUGUGUGUGUGUGUGUGUGUGUGUGUGUGUGUGUGUGUGUACACUAAGCUUGGGGGCCCCCUGACCCCUUUUUUUAAGAACUCAGUCGUGGUCUCAAUUUACAGUUGAGUACCAUUUCAAAAUUUGGUUGUGCAUCAGUUUUUCUCUUAUGUCAGUCACUUACAAUCACUCAAUUAGCCCAUGUCAGCUAAAAAAAUGUUUUAGAUUGGUUAGAUAGUCUAGUCAGCUAUCUAAACUUGUAGUAAUCAUGGUGGAAUUACCGACCGGGCACAUGCCCAGGGGCCCUGACCUCCAGAGGUCCCCAUUGAUUUUGUUAGUCACUCUCAGUCAUAUAUCAUAUUAACAUGGCAUGAGUCAUGGAAAAAAUCUGUAGAAUUGAAUGAAAUUAGCUUCAAAUCUGAAGGGCAAAAAAUCUCUCAACCCUAUGGAGAAAUUAGUGGAAUUGCAGGAUAUUAGUUAUACAAUUGCAAAAAAAUCUCUCUGCCCCAUGCCAAAAUCUGUAGAAUUGCAACAAACUUGCUUUAAAACUGCAACAUUUUCUCUAAGCCCAAUUGCAAAAUGUGUAGAAUUUCAGAAAAUGAACCCUAAAACAAAUGAUAGUUCUCCCCGUCAUCAACUGAGGCGCCACUAAAAUGUUUUGCCUAUGAGGUGGGGGGCCCCCAACAAAAAUUCCACUUAGGGCCCCCCAAAAGGCUAGGGAUGGUUCUGUUGGGGGUUUAAAAAAGGAAAAAUAAAUUGUGUUUGUCACUCACUUGAAUGCACGGUUGACUGAACGAGCAAGUCAGGUUCUUUUAUUAUUUUGGUCUCAGAGUGCAUCUUUGUGUGUUUCACGACUGUGUACACUCCUGUAUACACAUUAUCCAUUAUCUUCCAAUGACAGAGAGAGAAAUAUAGAGAGUCAGAGAGAAAGAGAUCAUUUUUGCGGUGUGACAGAUUGUAAAGUUUGCGCUAGGCAAUUCAUGAGGUGGCGGCAGAUAGCCUAGCGGUUAAGAGCGUUGGGCCAGUAACCGAAAGGUCGCUGCUUCGAAUCCCCGAGCUGACUAGGUGAAAAACCUGUCAAUGUGCCCUUAUGCAAGGCACUUAACCCUAAUUGCUCCUGUAAAUUACUCUGGAUAAGAGCAUCUGCUAAAUGACUAAAAUGUAAAUGUGAGCUCUGGUUGGAAUAACUCUGUCCUAGUGUAGACAAUUUGAUGCUUUCUUUGAGGAAAUGGGGAUUAGCUUUCUGUUCUCAACAGCAUUGAUCGAACAGGAAACGUUAGAAAGCUAGCAUGUGCUGUUUGUGUUCCUGUGCUUCUGUGUCCAUGUAUGCUCUCUCCCUUCUCACAUCUGCUUCCCCCUCUCCCCCCUGCAUGUCUCCUUGAGCGUGCGUUAUGUUCCUCAAAGCACUGACAAACCAGGGUUAUAGUUUACCCCGGUAUUUUCCUUCGCAAAGAAAAAUAGAAAAUAAUAAUAUUUCCAUUGCUAUACCUGUGGGUCAACUUUGGGCAGUAGGUAACCAAAGAAGGAUAAUAACUUUUUUUAUCAGAACAUAGAGUUCUGAAAUAAAUAAAAAUAAAAAUAAAUGUGACAUACUGCCAUUCAUAUCCCACCUAGUGAUCCUUGAUGUUUGCCAAUAUGUUACAAAACAUCUUCAGGUAACCAUUGGCCUUAUAGUUGUCCUCGAAUAGUAGAAUAUUGUAUGUAACUGAAGACGUAUUGUCUGUCACAUAUGGUACCGAUAUAUCCCUAUUGUUAUGUAUGUUGUGUCUUUUUGGCACUUUGUUGUCGACCUAUGAAUGCAUAGGUUAAAUGUCUAAUUACUUGGGUAAUGUAAUUUAUUUCUGUGUGUUCUAUGUACUGCUGCCUAUGGAUAUAGAUAUGUGCCUCCAACGGCCCAUGCCAUCCUUUGAUUUGAAAAUAGAGAAUAGAUAUAUAAUAGAAAUAUAUGUUUUGAAUUCUGUGACAGAUAUAAAAAAUAUAUAUUAUAUGUGAAAUUGAUUAUUUAUUUUGAAUGUCAUCAAUCAUUGAGGCCCUACCUCACAUUUUGUAUUUAUGUAUAGAAAUGCAAUUGGAGUAUAGUAUCUUUGCCAAUAAGAAUAUAUAGCUAUUAUAUCAUGAAAUGUAUAACCUAUAAAUCUAUAAAUGUCAUUGUUUUCAA